UUCUCUCUCGCACAAUACAUAUAUUUGACUUUAUCCUCUGUUUCCCAGAAAUGUAUAGUGGUUGUUUCCAUCGAACUUAGCUCAGAAAAUCACAAAAGUAGAUACACAUAUAUUAUUGUAGUUUCUUUCUUAUAUAAAUGGGUUCUCUUCCCUUUCACGUUUCCUUCUAAAGAUUCGAUUUUUAUCUUUCUGUUUCCACCAGGAGGAGAAGGGCUUGAUCAGCUCUCUUCUCUUUCUCCUGGGAUUGUUAUAUUCUUUGAAUUUUGGGGUUUUCUUGAAAAAUUAUAUUACCCAUUUUGUUUAGUGACUCUGAAAUUAGGGGUGGGUGGGUGGGUGGGGAGAUGGGGGGAUGCAUGUCAAGGCCGGGUAGAUUUGGAGGUGAGAGAAAGAAGAAGUGUGGGAAGAGAUGGAAAUCUGGUAUCAAGAAGAGGGUCUCUUUUCAUUCUUCUGAUCCAUCGUUGGAUAAAGCUGUCAAGAAUCCAUCUUUCACCAAUCCCACAAUCCAUGGAAGUGCUGAGGAAACAUGGUUUGAUUCUGCUGCAGUGUUUGAAUCUGACUGCAGUGAUGAAGAAUUCCAGAGUGUAACUGAUGAUGUUCACUCUCUCAGCGGCUCUGAAGCCGAACAUGCGCAUAAACCAGAGAAUUCACCGAAAGAUUCUGAGGUGAAGCCGGUGUUCCUUGAUGAAAUAUCUCCCUGCAUAGAUGAAUGCAGUGGCAGGGAUGAAGAUUUGUUAAACAAUUGUGGAAUUCUCCCAAACAACUGUUUGCCCUGUCUCGCAUCUGCUAUCCCCCAUGUCGAGAAGAGAAGAUCCUUCAGCUCCAGCCCUCCAAAUUCAAGGAAAAAGAAUGCGUUAAAACUGUCCUUCAAAUGGAAAGAAGGAAAUUCUAAUGCAAUUUUACUUUCAUCGAAGUCACUUCUGCAAAGACCAAUAGCCGGGUCCCAAGUGCCAUUUUGUCCCUUAGAAAAGCGAGUGUCAGACAGUUGGUCACGCAUUGAAGCGGCUACUUUCAAAGUUCGAGGGGAGAACUAUUUUCGGGAUAAAAAGAAGGAUUUUGCUCCCAAAAACGCAGCUUAUUACCCCUUUGGCGUUGAUGUAUUUUUAUGUCCUAGGAAAAUAAAUCAUAUAUCUCAGCUUGUGGAACUUCCGGUUAUAGAAUCUUCUGGGAGGCUUCCACCUAUUCUUGUCGUGAAUAUUCAGGUACCGCUGUAUCCAGCCACGAUUUUUCAAAACGAAACCGAUGGCGAAGGAAUCAGUUUCGUGUUGUAUUUCAAGCUUUCCGAAACUUAUGCUAAAGAACUUCCAUCGCAUUUUCAAGAGAGUAUAAGACGCCUAAUGGAGAAUGACACGGAAAAGGUGAAGGCGUUUCCUGUAGACAAUACUGUGCCCUUUCGGGAACGGUUGAAGAUAUUAGGUCGUGUAGCAAACGUGGAACAUCUGCCAUUGAGUGCAGCAGAGAGGAAGCUCAUGCAUGCCUACAAUGAAAAGCCUGUCCUUUCGCGGCCUCAGCACGAGUUCUACACAGGAGAGAACUAUUUCGAGAUCGAUUUAGAUAUGCACAGAUUCAGUUACAUCUCUAGGAAGGGAUUUGAAGCAUUCUUAGAUAGGCUAAAGCUUUGCAUCUUGGAUUUUGGGCUCACAAUUCAGGGUAACAAAUCUGAAGAAUUGCCAGAGCAGAUGUUAUGUUGUGUUGUGUGAGACUGAAUGAAAUUGAUUAUGUAAAUGAUCAGCAGCUAUGUGGUCUAUUAGUCAACUCUCCAUCCCAACUAGAAUUUGUGUAGUUCUAGAUCUCGGUCGUCAUGUUGUGCAAUCUAUGGUGUCAUUUUGAGGUGUCUUAGAAUACGAUAAACAGUUUCGAUGUAGAAUAUGAUAAACAGCUUCCAAGUGACAUUCAAUGUAUAAUAAACUCGUUUUAUA